UCAUUUUCAGAAAGACUUUUUGAUAUAAGUCAAUUUACAAUUGAAAACCCGAAGAAGAGUUCAAUAUUGUUUAUAUUUUCUUAAUUAUACAUCCAAAUAUUUAAUAUAUGCUACUGCCUAGUAGAUGUAUCUGAAAAUAUAUUUUUUGCUCUUGAUAAUAGUCUCGUUACAGAUAUUGACGGCGCGAGGCUACAUACGUCAGCAGUCACAUCGCAAGAAUGCCAAACGAAUGAUUCCUAACCUCUACACCGACUUCUCGCUUGCUAACGAAGUGAGCGAAAGUGGUGGAAACAGUGGAAGUGGUGGAAGUGACAAUGGUGAGAAAUGCAAGAAUGACGGUAUGGGUGGCGGUAACGCCAAGCAGAAGGCGACCAAUAUCGCCCAGAAGGCGGCAAAAGAGGCCAAGGCCGCUUCAGAUGCACAGGCGGCUGCCGGUGAAGCAGCCUCCAUGCAAGUCAAGGCACAACUGGCCGAGAAAGCAGUUGCUGCCGCAAAGGCAGCUGAGGCUGCGCUCGCUGGCAAACAACAAAUCGUACAACAACUGCAGAAUGAAGUGCGCGAGGCCGAGGCGGUGGUGCAAGAGCAAAGCACUUCGUUGCAAGACGCACAACAAAAUGUGAAUGCCGCCAUGCAAGCGGCGCAAAAUGCCGCACAGCAGCUGAAGACACUUACGAAGGCGGUGGUUAUGGCUCAGACGAAUGUCGGCAAUGCAGAGACGGCUGCGCAAGGCGCACAACAGGAGCAAGCUGAAAAGACUCAACUGCUGGAGGCCGCAAAGGCGCGUGUCGAACAGUUGUUGGGCCAGCUGAGUGGGGCGCGUAAUGAUUAUGCCAAGACCAAGGAAGCUGCCAUGAAAGCGGCUGCCGCAGCUCACGAAGCCAAACAAAAUGCGAAUCCGGCAGGUCGAUGUGGCCGCUCCUUGGCAACAGCACGCUUUUUGGCCAAACGCCAUCGCCUUUUGGCACGCAGGCAGCGACACUGAGCGCUGUAUAGCUACGCGCAUGAGCGAGUAGUGGAGAAUUGAUAUAGCAGCUCUUUCGAUGACUAUUUUCUAAAUAUAUAUUUUGUUUAUGCCAUAUUAUGUAAUAA